AAGUGCAUUGGAUGAGUUAGCAACACGAAUGAAAGAGGGUAAGGAUCCACCAAAAGGAAGUGAAAGAGAUGUUGAGUUUCAAAAGAACACUGCGUACCUCAGGGACACUGUGAAGGGAGCCAUUCGGCGUCGCCGUGAGGGACUGGGUGGAGAAUAUGUCCCCUUUAUUGACAACCUCCUGCAAUCUGGAGUCCCUGAUGACCAGGUCUGAGUGGCUACACCCAGUGGUCUAUAAUAGAACCAAUCCGGAUAUAGGGAUGGCUUGAAGCACCAAAAAGGAAGAAACAAGGGAUCAUUACAC